AUGAAAGUCUGGCAAGAAGUCAAUUGGCAAGUUCCCUGCUGCAUAUUACUAGAAAGUAUUAUAGAUUUGGUGGAAAAAUUGAAUUUUGCAAGCUCUAGAUUCAGAAAGACUCGCGAUUCUUCGAAUUGUAGACUCUGGUGGGUUAUUAUGCGGGAGAUGGACACCCGUCGCAUCCCCGUCCAGAUGCAGUCGGAGACCCUCGAGUAUGCCGUUUUUCUCUGCUGCGGCCACGCUGCGGGUUCGAAAUGCGCGCAGAAAUGCAGCAGUGACGAGGAGGAUAUUGUCGUGCUUGACGAAGCAGUGACGCCCAACUUUGAGGACCGGAUACGAAACAGUCCUCCACGGGCAGCAAAAGCUGGCCAGGUCAGAGUCGUAUUGUUGAGCUCGCAAGCAGGCGUCUUUAGAGACCUCCGUCAGACGCAUGUGCUGUUUGAACAGUACUGGGCCAUCAACACGCGUGAGGUCGCGCUGCUCUCGUCGCAGCUUGUUUCAAGCUAUCACAGCAGGGCCGUUACUAUUGACGGGGACAUGUGCCUGGAAAUCUGCUACAACGUCAGCGAGUCGCUCUCCUAUGUCGCCAACAAGAUGGAUCCCCUGGACAGCACGCUGAGCGUCAACAUGAACCCUCGACCGGCCGACGUGCUGCUACAGCACAACUACGAGCCGCUGUAUUUCCGCUACAACGUCGUCACCGGCCAGACGACCUACAUCCUGCUCGACGCCAGAUGCGAGCGGCGCGAGCUGCUCCACGCGCUGGGCGAGAAGCUCUCGACUUCGACAAGGUUACACCCCUUCAGCCUGCAGACGGUCAUCCUGUUCAGCGUCCUGUCGACACGCACCACCGAGAUCGACAACCUCUUCCGCCGGCUGCUCUGGAUCGAGAGCCAACUGCAGGAGGGCUCCAUCUUCGAGAUCACUGACUCGGAGAAGUUCGCCCGGUACAUCCAGCUGCUGCACAAGAUGGCGCGGAGCCUGAUCACGCUCGAGCACAACAACCAGCGCGACCGGUCGAACGUGGACCGGCUACUGCGCGACCACACCCGGCUGUGGAAGCUGAGCCGGGUCUAUCCCGGGGCACACAAGCACAGCAUCGACGUGCGCUCCCACGAACGCGUCCGAGACAACCUGCUCUGUCUGCGGGACUUUUGCACGGACCGCGAGCGGCAGAUCCUGACGCUGCAGCGUCGGACGCAGGACUUUAUCACGCUGCUGUACAACCUGAUCACGGGCCACGACAGCGCGACGAACCUGCGGAUCGCGGACGAGUCGAAGAAGGACAGCACGUCGAUGAAGAUCAUUGCGGCGGUAACCAUGUUCUACCUGCCGGCGACGUUCGUCUGCAGCCUGUUCGGGACGAAUCUGGUUGCUCUCGACACGAGUGGGCCGGCAGAGCCGACGUUUGUCGUAUCGAAGAUGUGGUGGCUGUAUUUUGUAUUUGCGGUGCCGCUGACAGUGGUGACGAUGCUGGGGUUUGUGGCGUGGAGGAGAUGGCGAGAGGGAAGAAGGAGAUUGAUUCAGGAGAAACUAGAUGUCUGA